CUUUUACAGCAUUUCUCGCAUUCAUCUUGUCUAGGUGUUCACUUUUAACCUGCUGUAAUUUUAAAUCUUCAUUUAUUCGAGUGUUAAAUUGCAUCUCCGACGUUUUUUGCACGUUUACCGACACGCCCUCGACGAAAAAAAACCGAAGCUAGCUUGUGAUUGGUGGUUGCUCGUGUUCUAACAAAACCGGAAAAUAAGAAAUUAGUAGCGAUAAACUGGUGGGAGGAGCAGAGAAUAACUUUGCAAAGAAUUCCUUUUACAAUCCACCAUCACGCCAUUUCCGAUCAACGUCCACGUUUGGAAUAGUUUGGUUAAAAAUCCAGGUUGGAAAAUGGCCUACGCGGGAUACGGUGCAGCUCCGGGAGGCAUGCCGCCACAGCAGCAGGAUCCUCUCUAUGGCUACUUUGCAGCAGUUGCCGGGCAAGAUGGGCAAAUCUCUGCAGACGAGCUACAACGAUGCCUCACUCAGUCUGGCAUCUCUGGCACUUACCAACCCUUCAACAUGGACACCUGCAGACUGAUGAUCAACAUGCUGGACCGAGACAUGUCUGGCACCAUGGGCUUCACCGAGUUUAAAGACCUGUGGCAAGCCUUGAAUGCCUGGAAGAACCUUUUCAUGUCCUUUGACCGCGAUCGGAGUGGGACGGUUGAAGGUCAGGAGAUGCAACAGGCUAUCAGAUCUCUGGGUUACAACCUGAGUCCUAACGGGAUGAACAUGGUCAUGAAGCGCUACGGCGUCAACGGAAGAAUCCCUUUCGAUGAUUUUGUGUGCUGUUGCGUUCGACUUCGCGCCUUAACCGAUCAAUUCCGACGCCGUGACACGUCACAAAAUGGCAGCGCCACCUUCCAGUAUGACGACUUCAUCCAAGUGACCAUGAGCAUCUGAUCUUCAGACAACGGCGGACUUCAUGAACUGGAAGGAGAAAAAAAAUAUUUUGGUAUUUAUUAGGGCUGCCAAAAUUAUGAUUUUUGCAACGGGUCGACAAAUCGGCUUAUGUGCUGAACACGAGAAUUUGAACGAUUUUUCGUCAACAACGUCUCAAAAGAGUUGCCGAUUAAGUCCUGAUUGACGAUGAUAGACGUCCAAUCAUGCAGGUUUUAAAAACUAAAUUGAAACUCUUUAAGUGAGUUCGUCACAAGUCGACAUCCAAUCCAUUUGAAGUGGGAGGGUUGACAGUGAAUGGACGAAUGAAUGCUAACCCUCCCAACCGAAGAGUUAAUAAUUAGAAGUCGACCGAUAUGGGAUUUGCAAAGGCCGAUGAUGAUACAGAUUUUUCGAAAACAAAAAAAGUUCAUCCAAAUUUGGAAGCCGAUAAUUGAGACCGAUAUUUUCUUUUAAAGCACGAUCAUGGAAAGCAAUUGAAAUACUCAUGAUAUAAAUGUAUCGGCCCAUUAAUUUUGUAACAAUGGCAACUAGGUGGGCAAAACCUUUAUUAAAAAAGAUCACCUAAAUAGUAAACCUAAAGGUUUUCGUAUUAAAGUGGCUGAUAUCUGUCGAUCUUGAAAAAAGUACUUGUAUCGGCCAGCUGAUAAAUCGGUCGACCUUUCGUAAUAAUCGAUGAAUCGAUAAACUGGCAGCCCUAAUAUAUAUAUACAUAUAUAUAACACUAAAGUAGUGCAUGAAAAGGGACCAGUAGUUCUAGUUUGUAACACAAUGUUCAGAUUAGAUACACAAUUUUAAAAUGUAUGUGUUUUAUCAAAAUUGUACAGUGCCCCCAGGUGCCAGGGUAGAAAAAAAAUUCAUAGCUAAUCUGAGGGUACAGUUUAGUAACUUGUACCUACAGUUUAGUCAUCUACACCCACAGAUUACUAAACUGUACCCACAGUUUAGCAAUCUAUACUCGCAGAUUGAUACAGAUGACUAAACUGUGGGUACAAAUGACUAAAUUUUAGUCAUCUGCACCUACAGUUUAGUCUGUGGGAACCUGUGGGAAUCUGGGAACAGUUUAGUAAUCUGUGGGAACAGUUCAGUAAUCUGCAUCAACAGUUUAGUCAUCUGUACUCACGGAUAACUAAACAGUACCCACAGUUUAGUCAUCUGUACCCACAGUUUAGUAAUAUACACCCACGAAUUAAUAAACUGUACCCACAGUUUAGUAAUCUGUGUGUACAGUUUAGUAAUCUGUACCCACAGUUUAGUAAUAUACAGCCACAGAUUACUAAACUGUACCCACAGUUUAUUAAUCUGUGUGUACAGUUUAGUAAUCCGUACCCACAGAUUACAAAACUGUGUGUACAGUUUAGUAAUCUGUAGAGUAGUAAACUAUGGGUACAUAUUACUCAACUGUGGGUACAGUUUAGUUAUCCGUGAGUACAGAUGACUAAACUGUGGGUACAGAUUACUAAAUGUUAGUAAUCUGCACCCACAGUUUAGUCUGUGGGAAUCUGGGAACAGUUUAGUAAUCUGUGGGUACAGUUUAGCAAUCUACAAUUUAGUCAUCUGUGGAUACAGUUUAGUAAUCUGUACCCACAGUUUAGUAAUAUACACCCACAAAUUAAUAAACUGUACCCACAGUUUAGUAAUCUUUGUGUACAGUUUAGUAAUCUGUGGCUAUAGAUUACUAAACUGUACCCACAGUUUAGUAAUCUAUACCCACAGAUUACUAAACUGUGUGUACAGUUUAUUAAUCCUUGGAUACAGAGAAGUAAACUAUGGGUAAAUAUUACUAAACUGUGGAUACAGUUUAGUUGUCCUUGAGUACAGAUCACUAAACUGUGGGUACAGAUGACUAAACUGUGGGUGCAGAUUAAUAAACUAAUCUGCACUCACAGUUUAGUCAUCUAUGGGAACAGUUUGGUCAUUUGCACCCGCAGUUUAGUAAUGUGUGGGAACAGUUUAGUAAUCUGUGGGUACAGUUUAGUAAUUUGUACCCACCGUUUAGUAAACUAUACCCGCAGAUUACUAAACUGUACCCACUGUUUAGUAAUCUGUAAAUACAGUUUUGUAAUCUGUACCCACAGUUUAGUCAUCUGUGGGUACAGUCUAGUAAUCCGUGGGUACAGAGUAGUAAACUGUUGGUACAGUUGCCUAAACUGUGGGUACAAAUUACUAUAUUGUAGCCUCAUAUUACUAAAUUGUGGGUACCCACAUAUUACUAAAUUGUGGGUAAAGAUGACGAAAGUGGGUACAGAUUAGCUAUGGAAAAUAUUUUUUUUCUACACUGGCAUCUGGGCGGCUCUGUAAAAUUGUACUAACAACCCACAAUAAUAAAGAUAUUAUUCCAUGAAAGCCUCUCGAGUUU